AAGAACAUCUAGAUUAUGAUUUUAUACACUGCAACUGAGCUACAUUAUUAUGGUUUUUUUUGCAGUCCUUUUCAGAAGAUCAUGGACGCUAUUUUUGUGAAGAUAGUAGAUUUUGGAGUAAAGACGUUCAAACGUAUCAGUGACUUUGAGGAGAAUUUGGAAACUGUGGAAAGAAAUGUGAAACAAUUAUCAGAUAAAGCAUUCGAUGUGAAGACAGAGGUUCAGGGUCGAGAGCAAUCUGGAAAGAAGAAGAGGAAAAGAGAAGUCAAUUCUUGGUUUGACGAGGUUAUAGAGAUCGAAUUAGAAUUACGUUCUUUGAAAGAAGAAGUAACAAGAGGGACGAGAAAUGCAGGUGCUUUGGAGAAGUUAAAUGGAAGGGUUGGAGAACUUCUUGAGCAAAGUAAACAUUUUGGAAUGCUAGUACAUGACACGUAUGAGCGCAAUGAGUGUCUACUCCUGGCGCCGCAAGUUCAUGAGGAAACAUCAAAACAAAAUUUAGAAUUGAUUUGGACGUGGUUACAUGUUGAAAAUGUCUCAAGCAUCGGUAUAUAUGGUAUGGGAGGUGUGGGUAAAAUGACUUUGGCAAAGCAUAUACAUAACCGUCUUGUUAAUGAGAUUCAUUAUCAAGUCUGUUGGGUUACUGUUUCUCAAGGGUUUAGCUUCAAAAGAUUACAAGAUGAUCUUGCCAAAAUUGUAAAUCUGGACCUUUCAGAUGAGGUUGAUGAGCAUAGAAGGGCAGCCAAAUUAAACCGGGCAUUCAAAGAAAGGAAGAACAUUGUUAUCAUAUUGGAUGAUGUCUGGGAUUGCCUUAGCUUGGAGAAGUUGGGUGACCCUCUUGGUGUGGAAGGCUGUAGACUGAUUCUAACUACUCGCUCUUAUGAAGUCUGCCUAAAGAUAGGUUGUAAGAAACUACUCGAAGUGAAGAAACUCAAUAAUUAUGAUGCUUGGGAGUUGUUCAGGAAGAGUCUAAGAUGCGAGACUAUGCUCAAUCCAGAUAUCGAGUCAAUUGCCAAAUCCAUGGCAGGAAGGUGCAAAGGCUUGCCACUUGGGCUCAUCACUUUGGCGGGAAGCAUGAAAGGGGUGACUGAUAAAAGGGAGUGGAAGAACGCUUUGAAAGAAUUCCCUGAUGACAUGGAAAGUGAUGUCUUCAAGGUAAUGCAGUAUAGUUAUGAUCAGUUGAAAGAUAAAAUUAUGCAAGAGUGCUUCUUGUACUGUGCUUUGUAUCCUGAGGACUGUACAAUUGAUGGAGAGAAACUAGUUGGUAGAUUUAUCAUGGAGGGACUGGUGAAGGGAAAUAGUAGGCAAGAAGAGUUUAACCAGGGCCAUACCAUAUUGAAUAAACUAGUUAAGGUAUGCUUACUUAAAGCAGUUGAUGGUGAUUAUGAGCUCGGUCAAGCAGUAAAGAUGCAUGAUUUACUUAGGGAAAUGGUAUUGCGGAUCACAUAUGUUAAACCAAGAUACAUGGUAAGGGCUGGAAUAAGAUCACCUGUGCCAGAGGAACAUGCACCGAAUUGCCCCAAAUUAUCAACCUUGCUUUUGCCUGGUUGUUGUUUGAGAAGGAUUCCAGAAUCUUUCUUUCAGCAUAUGAACAACCUCCAAGUGCUCAACUUGAGCUUCAACUCAGAGCUUAUGGAUUUGCCGAGUUGCGUAUCUAACUUGGGAAGUCUUAGAGCAAUCUCGCUUCGAGAAUGUAGAGAGCUCAAAUCUGUGCCACCACUGGGAAAGCUAAAAAAUCUGAGGGUGCUAGAUCUAUCAGGCACUGAUAUUAAGGAAGUGCCUCAAGGCAUGGGAAGCUUAGUCAAGCUUACAUAUCUAGAUAUGAGUGGAAUAUAUCUUGAUGAACUGCCAAAGGAGCUAUUACCUAAACUUUCCCAUCUUCAAUACCUCAAUCUUCCUCUAUGCUUGACCUGUAAGAUCAAGCAUUGUGAUGACAUAGAAUGGAUUGUCAAUGUGCCAUCUGGUAGAAAUACUACUACAGACCCACAUUGCAUACGUUUCCAUAUGCUAAGUAUCUCUUCUUUGCCAAAUCUUAUUGGGCUUUGUAAGGGAAAGAUUGCAUCUCAUGUUCCAUGUGACACCUUCUCGGGUCUUGCAUAUCUGUAUAUUGAGAGACCCAAUAAGAUAAAGAAGUUGUUUCCACGGGCUAUCUUGCAGGAUCUUGAAAACCUUCAGAAGCUUGGUGUAACUGAUUGUGAUGAGAUGGAAGAGAUAAUAGCUGAGGAAGCAACUGAACAAGAUGGUACAAGUAGCGACAUUCUCAUCCUUCCAAAGCUAAUGAGGCUCGAACUAACCGACCUGCCUAAGUUGAAGAGAAUCUGUGAGGGAAAACUCAUCUGUGAUUCCCUUGAAUCGAUGAGCUUUGAACACUGCUCCGAGCUGAAGAGGCUGCCUUUCUAUGCUCCCACUACAAAUGCACAUCCUUUUCUAGCCCUCCAUACAAUCAAAGUUCUAGAAAAAGAUUGGUGGCAAACAUUGGAGGGGGAACAAUCCCAUCUCAAGACCCUCUUCCAACCUCACAUUACACAUGUGCGCUACUAA